UACGAAUGCAAAUAAGAAUCAGUAACACAUAUGAGAUCGCUCUGGUAAAAUGGUGAUUCUGAUAUUCGUGAUUUGGAUUUGUGUUCUCAUGAGAGACAUGUUUUUCCGGAUACCAACAUUUUUCAGUUUGACACCUCAUAAAGAUGGAGGAAAAAUGUUUCCUUAUCUGAUAGAAGAACGUGAAAAUAAAAAAUCUUCAAGAGGAGCUUCGCCUAGGAAGAGUUCGACUGAGAGGAACGAAAAUCGUUCGACUGCCAGACUACAAAGUAUUCCUGUUUCAAAAAGUAUUCCUCAUUCUCCGACAUAUCCAAUUUCAGUAUCCCCUACUAGUCCUACUCCAAGUUCUCCUACAUCACCAGAUACCAGAAGAGGAUCGAGGGGAAAGCGAGAUUCUCAGUUCGAUUAUAAAUCUGAUGCCGCCAAAAAGGUAGAAAUAAUAGCGAAGAACCGCGACGAGCGCCGCCAGAAGCAAGCCGACGAGCGCGCCAUUCGUCACCAAAUCCUCCACCUGGAGCAGAACAACCCCUACUGGGAGUUCUCGCAGAUGAUCGACGAGUACAGGGCCGGUCUGGACUUCCGGCCGCUGCGCGACAACGACGCCGUGGUGGAGAACCAGAUCGUGGUGUGCGUGAGGAAGAGGCCGCUGAACGAGCGGGAGAAUCGGAGGAGGGAGGUGGACGUGAUGUCGGUGCCCACCAGGAACCAACUUGUAGUUCAUGAACCAAAGCAAAAAGUUGAUCUGACAAAAUACGUUGAAAAUCAACACUUUAGAUUCGAUUAUGUGUUCGAUGAUACCUGCAAUAAUGAUUUGGUGUACAAAUUCACUGCGAAACCUCUAGUGAAAACCAUUUUCGAGGGAGGAAUGGCAACAUGUUUCGCAUAUGGACAAACUGGUUCCGGAAAAACACACACUAUGGGAGGAGAAUUUAAAGGAAAGCAGCAAAAUUUCAAGAGUGGAAUAUAUGGUUUAGUAGCUCAAGAUGUUUUUAAACUCUUAAAUAAUUCCAAAUACGCCAGAAUGAAUUUCACAGUAUCGGCUAGUUUUUUCGAAAUAUACGGCAAACUAGUUUUCGACUUGUUAGCCAAAAAGCAAAGGUUGCGUGUUUUGGAAGAUGGAAAACAGCAAGUACAAGUUGUUGGUCUCACCGAAAGGAUAGUCACAAAGGUAGAACAUGUUCUAGACCUUAUUCAGAAAGGAAGUUUGGAAAGAACAUCCGGUCAAACGUCAGCAAAUUCGAACUCAUCUAGAUCACAUGCAGUUUUCCAAAUCAUUUUGAGGAAAGGCGGGUCGAAGCAAGUUGAAGGAAAGUUCUCGCUUAUCGAUUUGGCUGGUAACGAGAGGGGAGCUGAUAAUGGCAAAUCAAACAGACAAACUAGAAUAGAAGGUGCGGACAUCAACAAGAGUCUACUAGCCCUGAAAGAAUGUAUACGGGCCCUAGGAAGACGAGGUGCCCAUCUACCAUUCAGGGGCAGCAAACUCACUCAAGUACUCAGGGAUUCCUUCAUAGGAGAAAAAUCCAGGACCUGCAUGAUUGCCCUAAUUUCGCCAGGAAACUUUUCAGUGGAUCAUUCUCUGAAUACACUGAGAUAUGCAGACAGGGUGAAAGAACUGAUAGCCAACGACAGUAUGGAAAUGGACGACGAUCCCCCUCUAGCGAUACAAGAAGAAGAGGAAAACACAGAAGUAGACGAGGAAAUGCUACGAGCGGAGGAAAAGCGACUGCAACUCUCCUCUCUCGAAUGGGAGCUGCGGGAAAGUCAGCGACAUGUCAUACAGAGCUGUGUGAAUUUCCAUGACAUGGCGUGCGAUUUGUACAACAACGCGGACGCAAACGGAUUCGACAGACUGUCCGAUGCUGAACAAUGGAGGAAUCUGUUGAAGGAGAUAGUGGAUAUUCAGAAAGGAGCACUGAUCAAAGCGAAUGAGUUUUGUCUAGCACUGGAAAGUGAAUAAGUGCAUUUUACUAUGUUGUUAAUUUUGGGAUUUAUUGAAAUAAACGCAUACAUUCAUUAUCAA